AUGUCCUCCCAACUCCACCCCCACAUCUCACACACCCCCAUCCGCGUCAUCAAGAACGAAAAAUACAUCCACAACGGCACCAAAUCCUACGUUCACCUCAUGAGAAAAUGGCGAUUCAACCCGACCAUAGAACCUCAAGAGAGUAAAUAUUUCCAGGGGAAGCAAUUAGCCCAACAAGGUAAAUUUGCGCCGAACGUCGGGGGUAGAGCCACGACUAUUACGAGACUUAAGAAGAAGGUCGGAUCGGGAACUGAUGAAGGUAGUGGGGGUGUGGGACUUGUUGAGGCGGAGGAUGUGCAGAAUGAUGCGCUUUAUUUGGCGGAGGUUUUGGUGGGGACGCCGCCGCAGGGGUUUUUGUUGGAUUUUGAUACUGGGAGUGCGGAUCUUUGGGUCUGGUCGAAAAAUCUGCCGAAGAAGACUCUUCAGAAUAACCCCUCAAAGGCGGUAUACGACCCUACCCAAUCCUCAAGCUUUACAAACAAGAAUGGUGCAACCUGGGAUAUCAGUUAUGGCGACGGAUCGAGCGCUAGUGGCACCGUCGGAACGGAUAUUCUAACACUCGGCGGCCUCACCAUCGAAGCUCAAGCCAUCGAACUCGCAAAUCAUCUAUCCCAGAGUUUCAUCGAAGGCGAAGGAUCCGGUCUCCUCGGACUCGCAUUCAGCAAUAUCAAUACUUGCCGUCCGGAACCCGUCCUUACCCCCGUUGAUAUGCUGAUCCAACAGGCCAAUAUCCCUAAAGAUGCAGAACUAUUUACUUGUAAACUUGGCAGCUGGCGUGAUGCAACCGAUGAACCUGACCACGGGGAGAGUUUUUAUACUUUCGGGUUCAUCCACCAGCCCACUCUCGACUAUUGUGGUGUACCAGCUGCGAAUAUUUAUUACACCAAAAUCAACUCCUCAGCCGGGUUUUGGCAAUUCUCGUCUACUUCUGUUACUGUGAACGGGAAGGUAACCAAAAGGGCCAAAAGCAACGUUUCGAUCGCAGAUACGGGGACCACGUUGGCAUUGUUGGAUGAUGCUUCUUGUUAUGCUAUAUACAAACAGAUACCCGGGGCUAAAUAUUCGUCUAGCUAUCAGGGGUUCAUUUUCCCGGCUUCGGUGACGGAAGCUCAGUUACCUGUUGUGUCGAUUGAUGUGGGAGGGAGGAGUUUUGUGGUUCAAAAGGAGGAUUUGGGGUUUGCGGAUGCGGGGAAUGGGUAUAUCUAUGGAGGGAUACAGAGUCGAGGGGAUAUGCCGUUGGAUAUUCUUGGGGAUACGUUUUUGAAGGCUCAUUAUGUGAUCUUUGAUGUUGGGAAUAAACGUCUGGGGGUUGUUCCGCGUCCGGAACAGAAACAGAAUCUGUCGGCACCACCGGCUGGGGAUGGACAGGCUGAGGAAGGGAAUUCGAAGAAGAAUUUCUUUGCGAGGUUGCUUGGGAGGAAUAAAAAGGUGGAGAAACAGGCUGAGCUUUAG